AAAAAGAGAAAGGAAAUAAACUUUUAGUGCUGUUGCAUGACUAUUAGACUAACCGGACUAACUGGAGCAUUGCGCUUUAGUCUCGCUCGCCAUGCGCAGGAACAGCGCUGUGGCAGGUAACGGAAGGCUCGAGCUGUCUGCCUCCUCUUCUUCUUCGUCCUCCUCCUCUUUAUUGUCCUCCUCGUCUUCCGCUCGGACCCGCGUGCUUGACUCUGUGUCACGACGUCUGUCCUCCAGCAUCACGUCUGCGCCACCGGGGCUCGUGUUGUCCCCGCGCCCGAGUCCGUCUCUCCCCGCCGUGGCGCUGCGCUCGCUGCUGGCUGUGGACGUGUGGUUCUCCAGGAGGAUGGCACUGUGCGCCGGGAAGGAGGCUCCUCUGUGUGGCAUGAGGCCGCUGGUGAAGCUGGUGCAGUUGACCGGACACGCAGCGCCGUGGCUCGCCAUCACACUUUACCUUGUCAUCUGCAGUAAAACCGCGGAGGAGAAAGAAGUCAUGAUCAACCUGUUCCUGGCACUUUUGCUAGACCAUGCUGUGGUCAGAAUAGUGAAGCGUGCUGUGAGCUUUCAGCACUCGGAAUGGUUUGCCACAUUAUUCCCACAAUCUGGCUCCUUCCCUUCGGGCCAUGCUACCCGGGUUGCCAUGUGUGCCCGUUUUCUGCACACUCACCUGCUUUCAGACUGCCCUAUGCGUUUUGUUUUGCUCUUCUGGACGCUCCUCCUGGCUCUGACACAGGUUAUGCUCGGCCAACACAAUGUGAGUGGGGUCCUCCUUGCUCUGGUUAUGGGUUACUGUCACUACAGCAUUGUGGAGACCUGCUGGCUGUCCGUGGAGAGACUGCAGGACGUCCUGUUUGCCACCAUGGGGAGACAUGUCACUCAGAGAGGCUGAAACACACAAGCAUUUUCAAAUACCAUCAAUAAACACACACACACACACACACAGAGAGAAAGCAGUGCAUCAAGUAAUAUUAUUAAUAAACUGAGUAAUAAUCUUUGUACAGUGUGUGAAUGUGGACACACAAAAACUCUGAC